UCCAUCCGAUCGCUGCCUCAGUCUCAGCUCGCCAUGGCCGGCGGCGGGGGCGACGUCCAGAGCCCGAGGAAGCGGAAGCGCGACGGCGCGGGGAAGCCCAAGGCGAUGGCGAAGGGGGCAGACGACGGGAAGAAGCGGAAGAGGCCCCACGAUGCCGACGUGGGGCAUGGCGGCGGCGGCAGCGGCGAGGUCAAGGCGAAGAAGCAGCCGGUCACCGCCAAGGAGAAGCGCCUGGCGGCUAAGGAAAUGGCAGAGUCAAGGAAGAAGAAGAGGAAGCAGAACUACAACCUCGAGAAGGAGCUUACUGUACUAUGGGAAAAGAUGAGAUGCCACAGCGUAAGCAACUCAGAGAGAUCUAAGUUGGUAAGUGAGGCUCUCCGUAAAAUGGAUGGGAAAUAUUUGGAAAUUGCUGGUUCGCACGUAACUGCACGUGUUUUACAAACAUGUGUGAAGUGGUGCUCACAAGCAGAAAGGGAUGGGAUUUUUGAUGCCCUGCAACCUGAGCUGUUAACUCUUUCUCGCAAGAAAUAUGCUGUUUUCCUUGUAAAGAAGCUCAUUAAGCUAGCCACUAAAAAGCAGUUUGAAUGGUUCAUAUCUUCUCUUCAUGGUCGUGUUGCUAAACUUCUUCGUCAUACUAUAGGAGCUUCAGUUGUUGACUUUGCAUAUCAGAAGGCAACACCGCCUCAGAAAAGAAGGCUGUUGUUGGAAUUGUACUCUACUGAGCUUCAGCUCUUCACUGACCUCACUGGACAAAAAACCCACAGUUUGUUAGACACAAUUUCCAACCUUGGACUACAAAAAUCAUCUGUCCUGCAGUAUAUGACUACUGUGAUUCAUCCAAUUUUGGAGAAAGGUAUUGUUGAGUAUCCUAUAGUGCACACAGCCGUGUUGGAGUAUUUUACAAUUGCUGACAAGACCUCAGCCACUGACGUGAUUCGUCAAUUUAUCCCCCUUCUUACACAAGGAUCAUCUGUAACCGAUGGAGAUGAACCAUCAGUUGCCCCUGAAUUACAAAAGAAACUGAAAGCUAAGAAGAAAAGGCUGACAGAACCACUUCUUGUUCGAAUCAUGAACACAAGAGAAGGAUUAAAAAUAGGAAUCGCUUGCCUCAAGCAUGGAAGUGCAAAGGAUAGGAAGAAGAUCAUUAAAAGCUUGAAGGGGCAUAUUAUGAAGCUUGCUCUUAGUGAUUGUGGAUGCAUCUUUCUUAUUUCCAUUCUUUCCAUUGUUGAUGACACCAAGCUUGUUACUAAGAUUGUAAUUCAAGAGCUGACAAAGCAUUUGAAGCAGCUCAUUUUUGACAAGAAUGGAAGGCGUCCAUUGCUGCAACUACUUCACCCUCUAUGUUCACGUUAUCUGCCUCCAGCUGAUAUGGCUUGUCUAAACUACCGCGUGCCUUCUCUUAGUUCAAAGGAUGAAGCUUCCGAGAGUGCUUCAGAAGGUAUACCAGAGAAUAAUGUGGAUGUUGCAACUAAUAAGGAGAAAGAUGGUUCAGAAGGGAUGCAGAAUGUGUCCGAAAGCAAAAAGGACCCGUUGCAACGGCGACAUGAAUUGUUGAUCAAAAGUGAACUUGCUGAGGCUCUCAUCCAGACUUGCAUUGAGAAUGCUGGGGAGUUACUUCGAACAAAUUUUGGCAAAGAUGUCUUGCAUGAGGUUGCUGUUGGUGGGGAAGAUAAUGUUUUGGAGGGUGUCACUGACAGGAUCCAGAGCUUGCACAACGCAAUAGCAUCUGAUGCAGCACGCCCGAAGAAAGACACUGAGCAUGCCUUUGAUAACUAUCAUUCCAGUCGUCUAAUCAGAAGACUUGUGCUUGAAUCUCCAGCAUUUGCUGCCAUCCUAUGGAACAAGGCUCUUGAAGGCAAGUGCAAGACAUGGGCCGAUGGACACAGUUCCAAGGUGGUUGCAGCAUUCCUUGAAUCGCCAGAUUCCAAGGUAAAGGAUCUUGCAAAAUCUGAGCUGCAGCCGCUGAUUGACCGUGGCAUUCUGAAAAUCCCAGAGCAUAAAGCAGUUGAAAAAUGAGUUUACCCCCUGUACUGUAUCAUCUACAGCAAUACAAGCAAACGAGACGGACAUUCGUGCUUCUGUACUGGACGGUUUAUUUUGUAACAUCUGUUUUUGUGCCGAGCAAUUUUGUCACCUGUUAAGAGAGUAGCAAUUGCUAUCAUCAAUGAGUUGCCUGUCUUAUGUACUUUUCUAGUUGAACCGCACUUUAGUUUCGAUUUAACUGAUAAAAUUAUCGUAAGAGUUUGUCAGUAUUUGUUCAAUAAUUAUACUGAUCACUUCCGUAACAAAUCAACGUCUUCAAGCCGUGACUGAUAUCUAUGAAGA